GAAACAGAAGAAAAAGCAAAGAAAGAAGCACAAGAAAAAGCUAAACGUGAAGCAGAAGAAAAAGCAAAACAGGAGGCAGAAGAAAAAGCAAAACUUGAAGCAGAAGAAAAAGCAAAACGGGAGGCAGAAGAAAAAGCUAAACGUGAAGCUGCAGAAAAGGCGAAACGUGAAGCAGAAGAAAAAGCUAAACGUGAGGCAGAAGAAAAUGCUAAACGUGAUGCAGAAGAAAAAGCAAAGCAAGAAGCCACAGAAAAGGCGAAACGUGAAGCAGAGGAAAAAGCAAAACGGGAGGCGGAAGAAAAAGCUAAAAUUGAAGCGGAACAAAAAGCUAAACGUGAAGCAGAGGAAAAAGCGAAACGUGAAGCAGAGGAAAAAGCAAAACGGGAGGCGGAAGAAAAAGCUAAACUUGAAGCGGAACAAAAAGCUAAACGUGAAGCAGAGGAAAAAGCCAAACGGGAGGCGGAAGAAAAAGCUGAACUUGAAGCAGAACAAAUAGCUAGACUUGAAGCAGAAGAAAAAGCUAAACGUGAAGCAGAAGAAAAAGUAAACCGUGAAGCAGAAGAAAAAGCAAAACGAGAGGCAGAAGAAAAAGCGAAGCAAGAAGCUGCAGAAAAGGCCAAGAAAGAAGCCGAAGAAAAGGCUAAACGUGACGCGGAAGAAAAAGCAAAGAAGGAAGCUGAAGAAAAAGCGAAACGAGAAGCAGAAGAAAAAGCUAAACGUGAGGCAGAAGAAAAAGCAAAGAAGGAUACAGAAGAAAAAGCUAAGAAGGAAGCAGAGGAAAAGGCCAAAAUGGAAGCAGUAGAAAAAGCAAAGAAGGAAGCAGAAGAAAAAGCAAAGCAUGAAGCAGAAGAAAAAGCGAAGAAGGAAGCAGAGGUAAAAGCAAAGAAGGAUGCAGAAGAGAAAGCUAAGAAGGAAGCAGAGGAAAAGGCCAAAAUGGAAGCAGUAGAAAAAGCAAAGAAGGAAGCAGAAGAAAAAGCAAAGAAGGAAGCAGAAGAAAAAGCAAAGCAAGAGGCAGAAGAAAAAGCAAAGAAGGAAGCAGAAGAAAAAGCCAAAAAGGAAGCAUUAGAGAAGGCGAAACUUGAAGCAGAAGAAAAAGCUAAGAAGGAAGCAGAAGAAAAAGCAAAGAAGGAAGCAGAGGAAAAAGCCAAAAAGGAAGCAUUAGAGAAGGCGAAACUUGAAGCAGAAGAAAAAGCUAAGAAGGAAGCAGAAGAAAAAGCAAAGAAGGAAGCAGAGGAAAAAGCAAAGAAGGAUGCAGAAGAGAAAGCUAAGAAGGAAGNCAGUAGAAAAAGCAAAGAAGGAAGCAGAAGAAAAAGCAAAGCAGGGGCAGAAGAAAAAGCAAAGAAGGAAGCAGAGGAAAAAGCCAAAAAGGAAGCAGCAGAGAAGGCGAAACUUGAAGCAGAGGAAAAAGCAAAGAAAGAAGCAGAAGAAAAAGCGAAGAAGGAAGCAGAAGAAAAAGCGAAGAAGGAAGCAGAGGAAAAAGCAAAGAAGGAUGCAGCAGAGAAAGCUAAGAAGGAAGCAGAGGAAAAGGCCAAAAUGGAAGCAGUAGAAAAAGCAAAGAAGGAAGCAGAAGAAAAAGCAAAGCAGGAGGCAGAAGAAAAAGCAAAGAAGGAAGCAGAGGAAAAAGCCAAAAAGGAAGCAUUAGAGAAGGUGAAACUUGAAGCAGAAGAAAAAGCUAAGAAGGAAGCAGAAGAAAAAGCAAAGAAGGAAGCAGAGGAAAAAGCAAAGAAGGAUGCAGAAGAGAAAGCUAAGAAGGAAGCAGAGGAAAAGGCCAAAAUGGAAGCAGUAGAAAAAGCGAAGAAGGAAGCAGAGGAAAAAGCCAAAAAGGAAGCAGCAGAGAAGGCGAAACUUCAAGCAGAGGAAAAAGCAAAGAAAGAAGCAGAAGAAAAAGCAAAGAAGGAGGCAGUAGAAAAAGCUAAGAAGGAAGCAGAAGAAAAAGCAAAGAAGGAAGCAGAGGAAAAAGCCAAAAAGGAAGCAGCAGAGAAGGCGAAGCUUGAAGCAGAGGAAAAAGUAAAGAAAGAAACAGAAGAAAAAGCAAAGAAGGAAGCAGAAGAGAAAGCUAAAAAGGAAGCAGAGGAAAAGGCCAAAAUGGAAGCAGUAGAAAAGGAAGCAGAAGAAAAAGCGAGACGUGACGCAGAAGAAAAAGCGAAGGAAGAAGCAACGGAGAAGACCAAGAAAGAAGUCGCAGAAAAGGUUAAACGUGAGGCAGAGGAAAAGAAAAAACUUGAGGCUGAGGAAGUAGCCAAAAAGGAAGCCGCAGAGAAGACGAAACUUGCAGCAGAAGAAAAAGCAAAGAAGGAUGCUGAGUAUAAAGCACAAAAAGAUGCUGCAGAUAAGACUAGACGUGAUGCAGAUGAAAAGGCUAAGCGUGAGGCAGAAGGAAAAGCUAAGCGCGAUGCAGAGACUGAAGUGAAAAAGAGGACGGAGGAACAAGCCAGAAAGGAAGCUGCGGAGAAGGUUAAACUUGAAAAAGAAGGAAAUGCACAGCAGAUGUCUGAGGAGAAGGUCAAAAAAGAAACCGAAGAGAAUGUUCAGCGUAAUGCCAAAGAGAGGGCUGAUUUCGAGGUUAGAGAGGAAACAAUAGUGGGAGCAAAGGGACUAACUCAUCAAGACGUCAAAGCAAAGCUUGAUGAAAAGGAAUCUGGUCGCACUGUUGAAUUGUCCAGUCGCAAAGCAAAGGAGGAACUAUCCCGAGUGGCAGAUGAAAAGAUAAUAGGUAAAACUAAUAAGGACAUCGAAACACAUACGAAACAAGUUUAUGUAACAGAAAAUGAUGACACAUUGAAUCGAGGGGCAAGAGCAGCAAUCAAAAAACCAGAUGCAGAACUCACGAUUACUGGUCAAACUGCCAAAGACCAUUAUUCUGGAACGUCUCUACGCGGAUCCACUCACGGUAGUUACGUUACUAAGAAAUACGAAAUCACAGAUGAUCUAAGAGUCACUGCAGAAAAGUUGAGAGAUCAGUGCUCCGAAGAACUUAAGCACAGCAGGAGGAGCGUCUCACGAUCUGAAAUAAGGGCUACCUCAGAGUCUCCGAGCUUUAUGAAUACGCACAGCGUAAGGGAUUAUCAAUAUAAACGAGUUAACUUGGAUAAUGUUGAUAUCCACAGUUCCACUUAUUCAAGGACUAAAUCACCCCUAGAAAGAGCUCGAUCACCAUACGUCAGUAGAUCACCUGUUGGGGUAGCUAGAAGCCCAGAUUUGAUUCAUCAGUUGAACAGAAAGAUGCAUCUGAGCUCGAACUAUUACAAGAGAGAAUAUACACCUGACCUUACGGAUCGACUGACUAGUCAGCGGGUAGGAUCACCUGUAGACUCAUACAAAGGCAGGAGUGACUCCAGACUUGGUGUUUCGGAAUCUGAGGACGAUUACACGCUCAGAGAGAACACAUUAUCAAGAUCUCGUAGUUUUGACCGAAUGGCUUAUAAUUACAUAAGCUCUAAGGCUGACCGGCAUUCCGAUUAUUUGUCCAAUUCGGGCAGAUAUGCAUCACCUCUGAGGACAAAAUGGUCCGAAAGUGUCGUUUCUGAUGAUGAGAUGUAUCAUUACUCCAAGGUCCAUUCUCGCUGUAUUGUUCAUGAUCAGCAUCCUAAAGUGAAAACAACAGACUCAAGACCUCAUUUCUGUGGUCGAUUGUCCAAUCGAUCGACCACCGUAGGAUCCAGGGUGAAGUUGACAUGCAGUGUGAUUGGUUAUCCGGAGCCAAAAAUUGAAUGGUACAAAGAUGGACUCCCCAUUAUCCAUAAAAAACGGGAUUUCAA